AUGGUCCCUCCGCAAAGAACGGGAUCAUUUUCACCAAACCCGGCCCAGAACCUUCAGACUGCAAGUAAUCAUUCCCCCCAUCCGUCGCACGCUGGUGUCCUUAGUGCUGGCGCAAGCCCCAGCACCAGCAGUCCGACAGGGCCCAACUCCGUGACGAAGAUCGUUGUCGCACAAGUCUACCUUUUACUUAGUACCAUUAAGGAAGAAAAGGAGGAUACCGCCAAGUGGGAUUCAAAGGGAGCUCAGCUACAAAAGCUCAUCAAUGAGAACGGUAUGGAGGUUUUUUCAAAAUAUUUCACCCGGUUAGUUGCCGGCAAUGUCUCCCAGAUAUUCCCCAGCCUCAACCGACCGGUGACGGGUUCCGGCAAUUACCACAUCCUCGCGGCUGAAAUGCGGAAAAUCGCACACGAGCCAGACCAGGCCAGCAAAAUAGCCGAGUCUGUCGAGAGUGGAACAGAGGACAUAUUCCGCGAUUUCGAUCUCUCGACAUUCAUGGAGCAUUUCAAACUUGACGCUCUAGAGAAGUCGCUCCUGGCCCUGGCAUUCAAGACGGGAUCGCGGUCAGACCUGAAAACCAAAGCCGAUGCUAUUUUGUCGACAAAUUUUCCUACAUUUCUGGACAUUAUUUCGCGUCCUGAAAUUGAGGCACACUCGGACUUGUCUCCAGCCUUUGUCGCUCUGAUCGUCGACCGGUUUUUACAGUACCACCCCCCCAGCUUCAACGCCUCCUCCCGACGUGACUUACAAAACUACAUUUCCAAGAGAUACCAUAGCGUGGAACAGGCUCCUCCCUCCGAAGUUUUGGCAGCACUUGACAUCGGUCGAGUUUUGGCUGACCGACCGGCGAAUGCUCUCUCUAGAUUUAUCCAGAAGACGGGCCCCGAAUUCACUCGGGAUGAGGAGUCUUGUCUCGUAUAUUUGCAAAAUCGGCCCAACAACGUGCAACUCAACUCUGAACAGGUUUCCGCUGCUCUCACAUAUACGACCCUCAGCCAAUCCCCUGAACAUGAUCCAUCCGUCCUCGUCUCCGCACUGCAGCGUGUCACUUCCAAAUCCUUCGAUUGGAAUGAGGUGGUUUUGUUCUUCGACCAACCAUCCGCACGGAUUUCGUCCUCCCAAUUCCUGCGGCUUUAUAUGGCUUUGCUACCGAUAGCGAGAGACUCGAAAUACAACUUCGACAUCCAGAGGCUCUGGGGUGGUUCUUGGAGUGAACCAGAGGCACAGCUGUCCUUCGUUAGCGCGUACGCAUCCUUGGGUCCCGAUCAGUUGGAUGCGACUACCAUUCCUGGCUUGAGGAAGAGUAUCACGAUCGAAGACUAUGCCAACUCUCCAUCAAAUGUUCAGGAGCGUGCGUUGGUAGCGGUCAAACAUCCUUUGGUGUCUGUCGCUGCCCUUUCCGCCAUAUUCAAUGUUGCACUGAAUUCUGUCCACGCGUCACAAAGCGUUGAAGCCAAGAGGCUGUUCCAGGAGGUCGUUGUUCCUAACUUGGAUAUUUUUCUUGUAUCCGCACUGGAGGUUCCACGAGAUACCUGGGCUCCCAUGGCCGUGGAUACGUUAAACUCUCUAUUCGAAAACUUCUUGCACAAACGGUCUCCCGAGUAUGAUUUCGUUUUGGACAGCUUGUGGAGGAAAGACAAGGAUUGGGUGAUUCAACGACUAAUUGACGCUCAUGCGGUCAAACCCGUGGACCUUCCCCUCAUUUUUGAACACGCAGUUCGACAUCAUUGGCUAGAUGUUCUUGUCUACCUUCCAAACGGCUUCGGUAUUGAUCUCGCUGCUUUCGCCCAUGCAGAGAACUUCCUGGACUUGAAUAAUUGGGCCAGCUUCAACGCAGAAAGAAGUGUGGAAAUGUCCCGGACACUGGUACAGUUUCUUCUUAUCAAGGCUGAUUUAGAGAUUCGGUACCAGCGUCCUGGCGAUGGGCAACUGCAAGCAAAGCCAAGUACCAGUCUUCAAGUCCGUACGGUAUCGGCUCUGUUGCAAAUUCUGGAGGACUUUUUACCCAAGGCACCUGUGCAAGACCUUAUCAUGGUCCAGCGCCUCUGCAUCACGGCAUAUCCUCGAUUGAUCAAUUACGGUGAAGGAUAUGAUGACAUUAUUGACGCAAGUGGAAAAGACGGUAACAGUUUACCGACAACCGCGAAUGCCAAAAUGGAAGACCAUUACAAGAAGAUGUAUGGCGGUGAGGUCGAAGUGAAGACGAUUGUGGACAUUUUGGAUCGGUACAAGCAUUCUCGCGACCCCUUGGAUCAGGAUAUUUUUGCUUGUAUGAUCCAUGGCCUGUUCGAUGAAUAUAACCACUACCAAGAUUAUCCCUUGGAGGCCUUGGCUACGACGGCAGUUCUUUUUGGCGGCAUUAUCUCACACAAGUUAAUAUCAGAUCUGCCAUUGAAGAUUGGACUCGGUAUGAUAUUGGAAGCUGUUAGAGACCACGUUCCUGAUAAGCCGAUGUACAAGUUCGGCCUCCAAGCCCUGAUUCAGCUAUUUGUACGUUUCCGCGAGUGGCCAGGAUUUUGCCGACAACUGCUGCAAAUACCGGGUCUGCAGGGUACCGAUGCCUUCAAGAGGGCUGAGGAGAGUGUACAAGAUCACGAAGAGGAACUUUCCCGCUCUCGUAACGGCACCGGUACCCCCCUAGCGAUGGCGUUCAACACCGAUACUUUCACCAAUGGCGGAUCCGAAGACCAACCCGGUGUCGACACGCAAGCACCCGCAUUUACGGCCGUCAAUAUCGAUCCGAUUCCCCGAGAUGCCGAGUUUGAAGAGCCCGGUGAGGAAGAGCAGGGCAAGAUUCAAUUCGUCUUGAACAACAUUACCGAAGGAACUAUUCAGUCUAUGCGGAACGAAUUGAGAGAAAUGCUGGAACGCAAGCAUCAGCAAUGGUUUGCAAGCCACCUUGUGGAAGAACGUGCUAAAAUGCAGCCGAAUUACCACCACGUUUAUCUCGAGCUUGUCACUCUUUUACAGGACAAGGCGCUCUGGGACGAGGUCCUGCGGGAAACAUAUGUUAGCGUCUCGCGAAUGCUGAAUUCCGAGGCAACGAUGCAAAAUUCGACCGACCGAACGCACCUCAAAAACCUUGGUGGUUGGCUAGGCUUGUUGACUCUUGCUAGAGAUCGUCCAAUCCGUCAUAGGAAUAUUGCAUUCAAGCAGCUGCUCAUCGAAGCUCACGACACCAAGAGACUCAUCAUCGUCAUCCCUUUCGUGUGCAAAGUUUUGACCCAGGGUGCCACGUCCGCUGUCUUCCGACCCCCUAAUCCCUGGCUCAUGGAUAUCAUUCACCUGUUGAUUGAAUUGUAUCACCACGCAGAGUUGAAGCUGAACCUCAAAUUCGAGAUCGAAGUCCUCUGCAAAGGGUUGAAUCUUGACCACAAGAGCAUUGAACCAUCUGGCGAGAUUCUGAACCGACCUGCUUUGGAGGAGACAGCGGAACUUCUAGCUCCAGAGCAGUUGGAGGCCUUCGACAAUUUGUCUUUGAACGGACUCGGAUCUGCUGUUGGCGGCACCAUCUCGACACAGGCCGUGGCCGCUACUAUUCCGGACCUUGGACCCCUGAUCAUAAUACCUCCUACCAACGAGAUGGUUAUCAGCACAACUCGCCUGCACGAAAUUGUGAGAAAUGCCAUGACGCGUGCACUACAAGAUAUCAUCCAACCUGUUGUGGAUAGGUCUGUGACCAUUGCAGCCAUUUCGACUGCACAAAUGGUCCGGAAGGACUUUGUGGCUGAGCCUGAUGAGAAUCGCAUGCGUGCGUCUGCGAUAAGCAUGGUAAAGGCAACCGCCGGCGGAUUAGCUUUGGUGACUUCCAAAGAACCCCUAAGAGCCAACCUGACCAACCACAUGCGAAACUUCGCGAACGACUUGCCAUCCGGGCUUCCUGAAGGCACCAUCAUCAUGUGUGUGAACUCCAAUUUGGACCUUGCACUUAGCAUUAUCGAGAAACAAGCAGAGGAGCGAGCUGUUCCGGAAAUUGAGGACAUGAUUGAGCCAGAUCUCGAGGCCAGAAGACGCCAUCGCAUGCAACACCCCAAUGAACCCUUCUUUGCAGCUACUGUGAACCGUUGGGCCAUGACGAUUCCAAACCCAUUUAAGCUGUCUCCCACCUCCAAUGGUCUCAACCCGGAACAAAUGGCUAUUUACGAAGACUUCGCCAGGCAGUCUCGAACCACACCAGCCACGGCACCAUCACACGCAGCGUCGGCUUCAGAUGCCACACGAUCUCUGGCGAACGAAGUGCUUCAAGAGCCGUACCCCAACAUUCCGAACAUUCCCACCCCUGCUGAAACUCCUUCAAUCCAGCAUCUGGGCACACAAAUGCAGCCCUACGCACCGGUGCAGAGCGCUGCUGCCAAUUCUAUCCCCAGUGGGCGCAAUGCUGGCUUCCAUCAAAUGGACGUCAGAGGCCUGGCCGAUAAAGUAAACAGACUACUACAAGAACUGUUGCGUGUCGCUGGUGAGGCUCGGGAGGAUCACUUUCUAGAUCUGCCUAGACCACACAUUGUCCUAGAUGUAGUGGAUGCCCUUGUUCAGUUGAUUAUCAAGACCUCACAGAACUCAGAAGAGUUUGCUAUCUAUGCGGCUGAGCAGAUUAGCGCUCUUAUUUUCCAACAAGUUGAGGAUAACUUGACCCUGGAAAGCUUGGUACAUGUGCUGGAAACUCUUCGGAAAAUAUCUGGCCACGCUCUGAACAGCCGUGUUCGCGCUCUUUUCAGCCAGCAACCUGGGUCAAAUUUCUUGAACCUGCCUCUACUUGCGGCCCUCAUCCGGACCGACUUGCUUGACUGGAGAAGUAUUGACCUGGCAAUGUCCAAGGCCAUUGAAGCCCGUAAGGAUGGAUCGCUUGAAUUCCUUGAACACAUGCUUGACCUCGCGUUAUUGAACAAUCGCCCAAUCGCACUGUACGCAGACUUUGUUCGAACUCUGGAGACCGCUUGGGCGUGGAUCUCGGAAGAACCCAACAGUGUUGCUGGGCAGAGACUGAAGACGAAACUGAUGGGUUCAGGGCUGCCUCAACCUUCCCGCGGACCGACAGAUGCAGACAGCCAGGGAGCUGGUUUCCGGCAAGACCAGAUGGAAUACGUCUUUGAGGAAUGGGUCCAUCUUUGGAACAACCAGAACGCUCUUGACAAAUCCACCACCGUGUUCAUUCAGCAGCUGCAAGCGAAGCAAGUCAUACGGGAUAAAGAAGACUUUUUCCUCUUUGUACGAACCGCAAUCGAUUUGUCCGUUGAUCGAUUCGAGCACAUUCUCCACGCCGGUGUUAUAAGCGAUGCUUAUGUCAUGGUUGAUGCCUUGGCUAAACUUAUCAGCAUGUUUAUCAGCAUGCAUGAGGACUCAUCCACGUCCCGUGCUUCAUUCCUCGACUCUGUUUUGGUGUUGAUUACCCUGGUAAUCAAUCAUCAUCAUGUCAAGAGAGGCGAGCAAUUGAACCAGAGAGUCUUCUUCCGUUUGCUGUCAAUGUUGCUGCAUGAAGUACACAACAGCUCUGAAAGUCUUUCAGACGAAGAGCAGCGCAAUAUGAUGCUGAAAUUUGCAGCCAGAUUCUACGAUUUGGGUCCGCUGCGGCUCCCUGGUUUCACUUUUGGAUGGCUCUCGCUCAUUCAACAUCGGGUUUUCCUCCCCGUCGUGCUGCAAAUGCCCGACAAUGCCGGAUGGAGACUUUACGCCAAACUUUUGGUUCAGCUUCUCGACUGCCUCAGUGAGCAGCUCAAGGCUUUUAACAUUAUGACAGUGUCCAAAGAGGUCUACAGGGCGACUCUCAAACUACUUGUUGUCCUGCAGCACGAUUUUCCGGACUUCGUAGCUGGCAAUCAUGUGAGACUUUGCGCUAGCAUUCCUCCCCAUUGCACCCAGUUACUCAACGCAGUGCUGUCAGCAAAUCCUCAGCAGGGAUAUACCAAAUUAGCGGACGGCAAGGAGGAUAUCAAGACCUACCCGGGGCUGAUAGAGGAAGCCAGGGCAAUGCUGCAGGAAGGUGGCCUGUUGGACUUGGUGGACCAAACACUUCAGAACGGCCCUUCAGAGGACGUUGUCGCACAGCUUGCUCAUGCCAUGACGCAGAGCAAGCCGCGGGAGACUGCCUACGGACACAUUGCUGUUGCAGCCAACCCACACGUCAUUGGCUCCAUUGUUAUUUACAUUGGCAACCAGGCUGCUGAACGGCUGUCGCAAAGCUCGGCAUCAAUCACGGUGACUGGCAGCGAACCAGAGGUGUCGACUUUGUCGCUCCUUAUUCAUGAACUGGCACCAGAGGCUAGAUAUUACUUGAUUGCCAGCAUGGUGAACCAACUACGAUUCCCGAACAGCUUGACAGACUUCUUUAGCCAGGUCCUCCUCUACAUUUUUGGAAAGGAUCUAAAUGACCCUGAAGAGUCUGAUAUUCGCCAAGAAAUCACUCGAGUGUUUCUGGAACGCCUGGUCGGGUACUGGCCUCAGCCGUGGGGUCUCAUGCGGACCGUCUUGGAGCUUGUGAAGAACGACAAGUACAUGUUUUUUGACCUUCCGUUCAUCAAAUCAACCCCAGAGGUUGCUGAGAGGUUCGCUGCCGUUCUUCAAAGAGCUUAA